CUUACAUUACUUUAAUGUUCGCUAGAUGGCUUGAAAAUUCUAGAUUGCGUUACGUCAAAACAAUUCAAAACAAACUUGUGGUGGAUCUCAAGGAUUGUGUUGUAAUAUCUGCUUGAAGAUAAAACUCUAUGGCGGAAAAGAACGAAAAGAUAGUUGAGGAUUUGAUCAAAGAUUUGGAUAUCACAAAUUGCAAAUCUGAAAUUUCAGAGCACGAUGAAAACGUUGAAUUCCAAGAUGCACUAGGCCCCUCAGGAGAAAAUACUCCAUACGUCUCAUCAGAUGAGUCAGAUUGUGAUGUUGUAACAAACAGUGAAGAUCUACAACUUAGCAAGGAAGAGAUUGAGGAGAGAAAAACCAAAGUUUUGGAAAUCAAGGAGAAAGGGAAUACACUCUUUAGGUGUGGAAGCCAUGACGAAGCAUGCCAUCUUUAUUCCAACGCCUUGAAAAUCUGUCCUUCCAUUUUCACAGAAGAAAGAUCAAUGUUGUACAACAAUCGGGCAGCUGCAAAGGUGAAACAGGGUAAAAAUGAAAGUGCUUUGAAAGAUUGCACAAAAGCUUUAGAACUGAAUCCAGCAUAUUUCAAAGCACUUAUGCGACGAGCCAAACUGUAUGAAGAAUUAGAUCAACUUGACAAGGCUCUAGCUGACUAUAAAGAAUUACAUGGACUAGAGCCCAACAAUGUGGAAAUUAAUUCUGCCUUGAUGAAGUUGCCUAAACGUAUUGAAGAGCAAACAGAAAAGCUCAAACAAGAAAUGUUUGGAAAAAUGAAAGAUUUGGGAAAUAUGUUUCUUAAACCUUUUGGAUUGUCAACUGAUAAUUUCAAAAUCAAUCAAGAUCCAGCCACAGGCUCUUACUCAGUUAACAUGUCCAAAUGAUUUAUAUGCUUACCCUCAUGGAGGCCACUAUUUGAAAAAGAAAUGUCAAUAAUAAAAAUUUGUAAAGCUGGAAAUAAUUUGAAUAAAUUCCUCGUUCUGUGGA